CACACGUGUGCUUAGCUUGGGAAUAUAUUAUAAUAUAAUAUACACUUUAUUAUGUUUAUAUACGUACACAAUGGAUCGGCAGAACCCUCCGAAGCUUUGCGGUCAUAAUUUCACUGUAAUCUCUUUUUCGGUUCGGUCGUGUGCAGUGGCAACAGCGCGUGCGUCUUGUGUAUGUAUUACUAGUUCGUGUUGUGACUCUUUGGCAUAAUACAAUAAUAUUAUAUUAUAAUUAAAUAAGCGCCUAACCAUUAUUUUAACCGUCCGAAUCUCUUCAUAAUAAUAAUAAUAAUAAUAUUAUACAGCUAUAGCUAGCUGGUGCGCCGAACGGCAAACGUCGCGUAGUACAACGUCCGUUCAUAAUAUCAUAAUACUUAUAUAUUAUAAUAUCGUCGUCGAUUCAACGUAUAUGGUUUUUUUUCUCAAAUGGCGUCAUCGGGGUUAGCCAUAUCAGAUACAAUGAUUACUUUAAUGUUACUGUUGGGUAUGCUGCAUAACGGAUUGUCGACCAUCAGCGGAUACGAAGAAGUGGAAAAAAAUUUACUUAUGAAAUUAGGUUUAACCCGAAGACCUGUGGUAGAGAAAAAUAUGAAGAUAACGUCUUCCACAAUGGAGCUGUAUAAAUCAAUGGUAGAAGAAAACAAUGCAAUGACAACGCAUUUUUCUCUUCCUGGUUUGCACACAACGUCUGCCAAUACUGCCAGGAUUUAUUCAAACAAAGGAUCAUCUCCAAUUAAAGCUAAGGCUAAAAAAUAUAGGCUGCAGUUUGAUAUAGAUUCUAUACCGGAACAACACCAGGUUAAAGCUGCUGAAGUUCGUUUUAAAAUGAAAUACGAUCAAGUACUACGGAAUGGAGAGUUUAUUCAUGUGAUUUUACAUGAUAUAGUACAGCCUGGCGAGAAGGGCCUAUCGAAACCUGUUCUCAGAAUUAUCGAUUCAAAAUCAAUUAACAUGUCAACAAUUUCAAUGACCGAAAGUUUUGACGUAACACCAUUUAUAGAAAGACUGGCAACGAACAAUUUCAAAGAUAAUCAUGGUAUUCUAGUUCAAUGCGUCACCGAGUCUGGUAGUCACACUCAUUUGCUGAGCGUCUUUGAUUUUGUAUCACCUGAAAAUACAUUGCUAUUGGUCUACAUUGAUGACGGAACAAGCGAGAAGAGCUCGAUGGAACAGAUGAUGCGGCGGAUCAAACGAUCGGCCAACGCUCCGACGAGGCAGCGAAAAAGAGCGAAAUCGGCGCUCUGCAAGAGGCAUUCGAUGUAUGUGGAUUUCAAAGAAAUCGGGUUCGGUGAUUGGAUAGAGGCGCCGCCGGGGUACGAAGCGUUCUACUGCCACGGAGAGUGCACUUUCCCGUUGGCAGAUCACAUGAACGGGUCCAUCCACGCGGUAAUACAGAUGUGGAUAAACGCAUUUAAUAUUGCGAGAGUUCCCCGGGUGUGCUGCGUACCGACCAAACUGAGUACGCAGACGUUGCUUUACAAAGACGACGAUGGAAUUUUGGUGAUGAAAAACUACCCGGAUAUGACCGUGGAUGAGUGCGGAUGUAGAUGAGGGCGGCGGCGGGGUAUUGAGAGGCUGUUACAUUAUAAUAUAAUACACUAUAUUAAUAUUAUAA